AUGAUCUCACAACCCUUUCUCUUCGGUAUCACUCUCACCAUCCUCCUCACCACCCUCCCCACCGAAUCUACAGCCCAAGCAGGCACCAAACUCCCGCCUUGCACCAACGCCCAAAUCCUGAAAGGCGACAAAGCCACCCUAUCCCACUGCGAGUGCGUCAAGGGCGACCAAAAGUGCAGCACGCAGUGUCCCGUCGGCCCUACGCACGUCGGAUCGCCAUGCCCUGCCAACCUGCUCACGCAACUCCACCUCAACGAUUGCGCGCACCACUGCCAGGCGGACACGAACCACGUCUGCGCCUCCUGCGGGGUGUGGUUCCAUUCGCUCUGCACGUGUCUGCAGACGGGCACCUGCGUGCAGCAGUACACAAACCCGGCCCCCGGGGCGGCCUAUUGGGUGAAGACACCGGGUGGGGACCUAGCGACCGUCACGGUCCCCGUCGCGGAUAUCCUCGCGCUGGAGGCCGAGCACCCCAAGCUGGCCGCGGAAGGGUGGGAUUUUGGGCAGUCGUCGGUGCUGGCGGUCUCGAACCCCGCGACGCAGGCCCUGGUCGUCAACUCCGUGCACUCCAUCACCCACAACCAGAUCCACAUGCACCUGUGUCCGCUGAACCGCGACAUGCAGCGGCUGCUGACGCGGCUCGUCACGGUGAAGACUCCCCUCUCUCAAUUCAAAAGCCGCCAGCCGGUGCGGCUAACGCCGCAGUUUGGUGGUGCGCUCAUGUACUGUCAGGCGGCGCAGGGCAAAAAUCAGCCGAUUUCCGGGAAGAUCAUGUCUGACAAUAUCAAGGCAGUGCGGGAUGACAAGAGCCUCUGCGAUUAUGAGGUUGGGGCGGCGGUGAUGAGGGACUCGAAUGGCAUUACAUGGGGUUGUGUCACUGGCGAUCGUCUCAGUACGGAGUAUAAACGCUUCUGUGCUUGA